AUGAAAGCUUCAACUGUCUUACCUUUAACCGUUUUGGUUGCUUUAGCUCAAGCUUUAGUUAUUCCAAACAUUAACAACCAAAACUUGUUUCAAGUUUCUAAAACUUUGAACAAUCAACAACAACAAGUUUUAAAUGCUGAAGUUGCUAAAAUUCAAGAAUCUCCUUAUGCUGCCUUAGCUGAUGUUGAUCCAACCAUCUUGAACAAUGCCUUAUUAUCUAAAGAAGAAGCUGCUCCAAUCAUUUCAACUCAAGCUCUUGGUCGUGAUGUUAUUCCAAACCGUUACAUUGUUGUCUUCAAAGAUGGUGUCAAACCAGAAGAAAUUAAAUUCCAUCAAGAAUGGGCUUCAAUCACUCAUUUGAAUGCUGCUCAAAAACUGUAUCAAUCUAACCCAACUAAUCAAUUCUUUUUAGAUUCUUUCAAAGAAGCUGCUUCAGAAUUAGGUGGUGUCAUUGAUGGUUUCCAUAUUGAAGGUUCAAUCUCUGGUUAUUUUGGUCAUUUCUUGGAUGAUACCAUUGAUUUAAUUCGUCGUAAUCCUCAUGUUGCCUUUGUUGAACAAGAUUCAAGAGUUUAUGCUAAUGAAUUUGAUACUCAAAAUGGUGCUCCAUGGGGUUUAUCAAGAAUCUCUCAUCGUGAAGGUUUAACUUUAGGUUCUUUUAACAAAUAUUUAUAUGAUACUGAUGCUGGUGAAGGUGUUACUUCAUAUGUUAUUGAUACCGGUGUUAAUGUUGGUCAUCAAGAUUUUGAUAAGAGAGCAAAAUGGGGUAAAACUGUUCCUCAAGGUGAUCAAGAUGUUGAUGGUAAUGGUCAUGGUACUCAUUGUGCUGGUACCAUUGGUGGUAAAACUUAUGGUGUUGCUAAAAAAGCUAACAUUGUUGCCGUUAAAGUCUUAAGAUCAAAUGGUUCAGGUACCAUGUCUGAUGUUGUUAAAGGUGUCGAAUAUGCUGCUGUCGCUCAUAAAGCUGCCGUUAAAGAAGGUAAAAAAGGUUUCAAAGGUUCUACCGCUAAUAUGUCAUUAGGUGGUGGUAAAUCUCCUUCAUUAGAUUUAGCUGUUAACGCUGCUGUUGAUGCUGGUAUUCAUUUCGCCGUUGCCGCUGGUAAUGAUAACGCUGAUGCUUGUAACUAUUCACCAGCUUCAGCUGAAAAGGCCGUUACUGUUGGUGCUUCAACUUUAUCAGAUGCUAGAGCUUAUUUCUCUAACUAUGGUAAAUGUGUUGAUAUCUUUGGUCCAGGUUUGAACAUUUUAUCAACUUAUAUUGGUUCAGAUACCGCCACUGCUACUUUAUCAGGUACUUCAAUGGCUUCACCACAUGUUGCUGGUUUAUUAACUUAUUACUUAUCUUUACAACCAGGUUCAGAAUCUGAAUUCUUUACUGCUAAAGGUGGUAUUACUCCAGCUCAAUUGAAGAAGAAAAUCAUUGAUUACUCAACUAAAGAUAAAUUAACUGAUAUCCCAUCAGAUACUCCAAAUAAAUUAAUUUACAAUGGUGCUGGUGGUGACUUGGAAGAUUUCUGGAAUGCUGAAGCUUCAUCAUCUGAAGAAGCUAUCAAAACUCCAAAAGUUGAUUCAGCUGCUUUAUUAAAAGAUUUAGAAGCUAAUGUUGAAAAAAUUGUUGGUGACAUGAAACAAUUCAUUGAAUCUAAUAUCUAA